UAGCGCUCGUGACCCCAAGGCUGAUUUCCAUCCUCCCUGCCCUGGCUUGCGUGACCUAGUCGGCCCUGUAAUAUCCUACGCUAAUCUGGUCUCACUGUCCUCCCCCUCCCCCUUCUCCCAUCCUAAUAAUGGAUCACCUGUAAGCACCUCUUAUGUGUUCAGGACUCCGGGACUAUUCAUAUUUUUUCCUUUCUAAGAUGAGUUAUUUUCGACCUUUCGAAAUGAAUUCGGUUGUGUUUUCCUCUCCUCUUUCUCCUGACCUUAUGAUGUGAGCACUUUGGGUUGAUUUGGUGAACCAUGCAUCAUCUUCUCUACGCCCAUGUCUUCUUGUGCUGCUUCAGUGUGGCCCAUUCCUUUUGUCCUUCCCAGUGCACUUGUGUUUACCACGGACGGAGUGAUGGAAUGGGGACCAGAUCGGUGAUAUGCAAUGACCCAGACAUGUCCGACAUCCCCGUCAACGUCCCCGUGGAUACAGUCAAACUGCGGGUGGAGAAGACAGCUGUGCGGCGCAUCCCCACCGAGGCCUUCUACUACCUGAACGACCUGCGCUACCUGUGGAUCACCUACAACUCUAUCUCCUCUGUGGACCCUGCCGCCUUCUACAACCUCAAGGUCCUCCACGAACUGCGUCUGGAUGGGAACCUGAUUUCCACCUUCCCCUGGAAGUCCCUGAAGGAGAUGCCCAGUCUGAGGACGCUGGAUCUUCACAACAACCGCUUGACCACUGUGGCCGUGGAGGCUACCCCAUACCUGGUCAACAUCACCUAUCUGGAUAUCUCUAGCAACAAGCUGACCACUCUGUCUUCGGACUUCGUGGAUAUCUGGCCGCCUUUCAAUGGAAUGCCCGUCUCCUCCAACUUGUCCCAGAAAGUGGUGCUAGGUCUUCAGGACAACCCGUGGGUCUGCGACUGCAGGAUCUCCAAGCUGAUCGAGCUUUCCAAAAUGUCUAACACGUCAGUGGUACUAAUGGACCAGUUCCUGUCUUGCAGCGGGCCUGAAAACCUGGCUGGUGUUAUGUUCCAAAGGGUGGAACUGGACCAAUGUCUCAAGCCAUCCGUCAUGAUGUCAGCCACCAAGAUCACAGCCUCGGUGGGCAGCAAUGUGCUCCUGCGGUGUGAUGCCAUGGGUUACCCCACGCCUACCCUCAUCUGGACUACUUCAGAUGGCUCACGUGUCAACAACACAGUUGUCGAGGAGUCUCCAGGAGAGGGUGUCCGAUGGUCCAUCAUCAGCCUGAAUGGGGUCUCGUACAAAGACAAUGGGGAGUACAGCUGCAAGGCUAAGAACUUUGCCGGCAAUGCAGAGGCUGCCAUCACCUUGUCUGUGGCAGGUUAUGUCACUACAAACAUGCCUCCAGAGAGGCCAGACAUAGAGGCUGCAGGGAAUAGCCCAUCCACAACGUCCUCUACUCCUGAAACUGGCUUCUCAAACUCCCCUAGUGCCCCGUCUACCACCACCGCCCCACCUACCACCACGCAUCCAGCCAUCUUGCCACCCAUCCUCACCAAGAAGAAACCCACGCCCAGCAACGUGCAGCAGAUAGCACCAUCCAAACCAUCCGAAACCCCGCAAGGCAGCGACAGGAAGCUAGCAGCGGAUCAGAGUGAAAAGAAAGAUGCUUCCAAGUCUGUCCAAGAUCUCGAGAUCGUGGAGGAAACGCCAGAUAGCGCGGUUCUACUCUGGACGACCGAAGGUUUGCCGAGCAAUGCACCUCUCACCGUUGUUUACUCCACUUAUGAUGAGGAGGACAACUCCAAAAGGACAAUGGAUACCGAUGCCGGGAGUGGCAAAGUUCUACUCGAAGGCUUGACUUCUGGAAUGAGGUACCAGGUUUGUCUGGUUUCCAAGGGAAGUGCCGCGGGAAAAGACCCCUGUAUCAACUUCUUUACUCUGGAUCUUGUUGAGGACAAUGCUGCGAACAAGCUGCUGAUGAUCAUCAGCAGCUUUGCCUGCGCUGUGGCUUUACCUGUCAUUGGUUUGCUGGUCUACAAGAUCCUCUCACUCUAUUGCAGGAGCAAUGUGCCUUCUUCGGACGAGGAGCUAUCUAAAGACACAUAUGUGAAGUUUGAGACAAUAUCAAUGAAGCAGAGGACCUUCAACGCUAAUCCCGCUGAAUUUAAGACCUACAGGCAGACCAAUGAGUCCCAAGAGAGGAUGCUCCUCUGCUCCAGGUCGAGCAUUGACUCACAGAUGACAUACAAGAGUGACAGUUCCAGAUCAGAAUUUUUGUGCUAGCGUUAGAUUAAGACUCUACAUGACUCGAAAGUUAAUACUAAAUCUGGAGAAUAUUUUUGAGGAAAACUACAAGGUUUUGCGUGUUCAAAACUUUUAUGACAAUAAUUGCCAGAUGAAUCACUGUUUGUUACAGCCUUAAUUUCUUUGUAAUAAAAAACAACAACUUUGAGAUACAGUUACCUCAAAGUAUUGGGACAGUGACAAAUGUUUUGUUGUUUGUAUUCCAGCAAUUUGGAUUUGAAAUGAUACAAUGACUAUGAGGUUUAGUGCAGACUGUCAGCUUUAAUUUUACUUAUAAUUUGAUUUAUAUGUGUAUUUAAGUAGUCAAACGUGUAUUAUAUGGUCCCAUAUUCCUAGCACACAAUAAUUAUAUGUUGGAUGCAUUUGCUGUUUGUUUUGGUUGUAUUUCAGAUUAUUUUGUGCCCAAUAGAAAUGAAUGGUAAAUAAUGUAUUGUGUCAUUUUGGAAUCACUUCAAUUAUAAAUAAGAAUAGAGUAUAUUUGUAAACACUUCUACAUUAAUGUGGAUGCUACCAUGGUUACGGAUAGUCCUGAAAGAGUUGUGAAUAAUAAUGAGUGAGAAAGUUACAGACCGGCAAGACAUGCUAACCUCUGACCAUUGCAAUAACAUGGGAGGUUAGCAUUUUUUGGCGGGUUUGAAAUUUAUGCCUCCAUAACUUUCUCACUCAUCAUUAUUCAUUAAGGAUUAUCCGUAAUCAUGGAUGCAAGUGUUUAGAAACAUCUCUUAUUCUUAUUUACAAUAAAAGUGACUCCAAAAUGAUGCAAUACCAUACUAAGCAUUCAUUAUUAUUGGGAACAAAAUAAUCUGAAACACAACCAAAAUAAAAAACAGCAAAUGUUUCCAACAAAUGAGUAGAAUCACAGGCUUGAUGUAGUCAUUGCACACUAUGAAUAUUGGACCAAAUAUUAACUUUUUACUAUUUGAAUAGUGGCAUCGAUAAUGGUACAGGAGGGAGGCUGAUGUUUUACAGGCUCCUAACCAACUGUGGUAUUUUUAAUUUUUAUUGCAUUGUCUGUAAUUUAUUUUGUACAUAAUGUUACUGUUACCGUCUCUUGUGACCGAAAAGUGCUUCUGGAUAUCAGAACAGCGAUUACUCACCUCAAACUGGAUGAAGACUUUUCUUUAAUGAGUUUGACGUGAAGGAUAUACUGCUUCUCGGAGACCAGGCCAAAAUCCUCAUCAUUCGCAUGAAUAAAAUAAGGAAAUAAAUGGGGCAGAGAUCGGGGUGCCUUGUGAGAAUUAAUCGAUGAGCGGGUAACUCUCUUCUACCAUCCGUUCUAUUGGCCAACGUGCAAUCAGACAUUAAAAACUGGAAUAUCUUAUGUUUCACCAUGUCGUGGCUGAACUGCGACACGGAUAAUACACAGUUGGCUGAGUUUUUCUACCUGUCAAUAACAGCUGGUGCGUGAUGUCUAAUAUUAAGGAAGUCUCGAGGUAUUGCUCGCCUGAGGUAGAGUACCUCAGUGGUUGGUCAGACUGUUUUGCUAUCACAGACUGGAAUAUGUUCUGGGAUUCAUCCAAUGGCAUUGAGGAGUAUACCACCUCAGUCAACAGGUGCAUCAAUAAGUGCAUCAACAACAGCGUCCGCACGGUGACCAUAGGUACAUACCUAAACCAGAAGUCAUGGAUUACAGGCAACAUCUGCAUUGAGCUAAGGCUAGAGCUUCAAGGAGCAGGACACUAAUCCGGAACCUUAUAAUAAAUCCCGCUAUGCCUUCAGACGAACCAUCAAACAGGCAAAGCGUCAAUACAGGACUAAGAUUGAAUCCUACUCCACCGGCUUUGAUGCUCGUCGGAUUUUGCUGGGCUUGCAAACUAUUACAGACUGCAAAGGGAAACCCAGCCGCGAGCUUCCCAGUGACGUGAGCCUACCAGAUGAGCCAAAUGCCUUUUAUGCUCGCUGUCGAGGCAAGCAACACUGAAGCAUGCAUGAGAGCACCAGCUGUUCUGGACGACUGUGUGAUCACGCUCUCCGUAGCCAAUGUAAGCAAGACCUUUAAACAGGUCAACAUUCACAAGGCCGCAGGGCCAGGCGGAUUACCAGGACGUGUACUCAGAACAUGCGCAGACCAACUAGCAAGUGUCUUCACUGACAUUUUCAAUCUCUCCCUGACCAAGUCUGUAAUACAUACCUACAUGUUUCAAGCAGAUCACCAUAGUCCCUGUGACAAAGAAAGCGAAAGUAACCUGCAUAAAUGACUACCGUCCCAUACCACUCACGUUGGUAGCCAUGAAGUGCUUUGAAAGGCUGGUUAUGGCUCAUGUCAACACCAUCAACCAGGAAACCUUAGACCCACUCCAAUUUGCAUACCGCCCUAACAGAUCCACAGAUUACUCAAUCUCAAUCGCCCCUACCCACCUGGACAAAAGGAACACCUAUGUGGGAAUGCUGUUCAUUGAUUACAGCUCAGUGUUUAACACCAUAGUGCCUACAAAACUCAUCACUAAGUUAAGGACCCUGGGACUAAACACCUCCUUCUGCAACUGGAUUCUGGAGUUCCUGACCGGCCAACCCCAGGUGGUAAGGGUAGGUAACAAGACAUCUGCCACGUUGAUCCUCAACACGGGGGCCCCUCAGGGAUGCAUGCUUAGUGCCCUCCUGUACUGCCUGUUCACCCACAACUGCGCGACCAUACAUGAGUCCAACACCAACAUUAAGUUUGCGGAUGACACAACAGAGGUAGGCCUGAUCACCAACAAACAAUGAGACAACC